CUCGCCAACCCGUGUCUCCUUCAUCACACGGACGAUGCAUCCGGCACUGACCCUAGAAGAAAUUUUGCGCGAUAUAUGUCUUUAUUUCAAGUACAUUGGCCCGGGGGAGGCUAGGGAGGGUAGACAGGCAUUGACAUCGCUGGCAAAGACGUGCAGAGCAAUCAGUGCUGUAUCCUUAGAUGUGUUGUGGUCUUCCAUUCACUUCUAUGCACUGUUUUCUGCUCUGCCGUGUCGUGCCUUUCAAGUGAAGGUCAAUGUGCCACGCAAAGAUUGCAUUACCGGUUUCGACAGGUCUUUGGUCAGAGCGUCCGAAUGGGUUCGUUUCCAUCAAUACACCUCGCGGAUCCAACAACUCUCUCUAGCCGACGACCCACUCGCUCAACUUCUUGUUCUUUGCCAACUAUUCCCCUCCCGUUUCAACACAGAACACUCAUUUCCCAACCUUCAACGUCUCCUUCUCCCGCGCUACCACCGCGGCAACAUCCCAUGGCAGACCUUAAACGUGUUCCUUCUUCCAACACUGCGCGAAAUACAGCUCUCAUCAUACUCUGACGGGGUGUCUGCUUUCCUAAGGUCCAUACCACAGCAUAGUAUGUUGCUCAACUCCCUGCAUGCCUUCUCCAUGAGCACGGUGGGCUGGUCUGCCGAAGUUGGGGCUGCGUAUGAAGAGGCGCUGCCUCAAAUGCGCAGUCUGAAGUACUACUGGGGCCCAGGCGUAAGCCAAUCUUACCUUCGGCAGAUUUCGACGCUCCCAUCACUCAGGCAUAUGACGCUUAUGAUGCAGGAGCCUCUUUACCAGGGUCCCGCUCCACCAUUGCACAGUUUGGCAUUUCCGGUUUUGUCCAAACUGCGGUUGUGUAGAGUCAAUUUUGGAAUGGCACUGGGGAUCUUCAAGGGCAUCAAAGACGACGAACAUGAAUAUUCCCGGGUGUUAUCGAUCAACAUUGACUCGAUGACAUCACCCUCGACAGGAGAUCUCCAUGAAUUAUCCGCUGUUCUUGCACGCUUCGAGCUCCUCGAAUCCAUCGUGUUAUCCGUCAGAGCGAGCCGAAGGAACGAAGAAUCGGUAUCACUCGCCACGAUACGCCCUCUCCUGCGUUGUUCAUCUCUUAAAGAGGUCGAUAUUGAAACGAGGAUGAAUGUCUCCUUCACUGAUACAGACAUCGAGGCGAUGGGAGAGGCAUGGCAUCUCUUGGAGGUCCUCAAGCUCAACUCGGACACAUACUGCAAAACACCCCCUCAACUCACUUUGGACGGUAUACGCGUUCUGUUGAGCAUGUGUCCUCGCCUUCGCAGAGUUGGGCUUGCGCUGCGGGUUCCCGGAUCAGAUCGCGACAGCCCACAGUGGCGGCUCAACCGUCUAGAGGAGGACAGAGCGGCGGGCAGGAGCGCGGAGAUAUUGUCAUCGUUUCGGCUCGGAUACUCACAGAUCAUCGAUCCGACGUUCUUUUGCGCCGUCAUGUCGCAGCUGGCGCCAAACAUUGAUUAUGUGGAGCUUCUUGGCCCUGAUAUACCCACAAUGGUAUGCCCAAUCCUUCGGGGUGUCAAGGAGGCGCAGAAGAUGGCUCAGGAGAGAAAUGGACAUAUCAGCGAGUGGAGUUGGAACGAGUUAGACGCGCGGUUACUGCCUCUUGUUAGGCGUUAG